ACAACUGUACUUUAACCUAAUCUCAUAAGUUUACAAACAAUGAUACUUUCGACUGUCUCGCGUGUACUUGUUCUGUUUACCGGGUUAAUUAGUAUUGGGACGUGUAAUAACGCAUAUAAUGACUUUUUUAACGAGGAGUUGCUGCUGAAGCCCCUGUCGAGUGGACAUGUCUAUGCUUAUUUUCAAUUUACUACAAUAUGGGAAACGGCAAAUUGUGCAGAAACACUUCAACAUUCGCAUCUCUUUCCAAGGGGAUUGGGUGAAAUCAUAGGUCGUCAUAAUGUUGAUGAGUUGCAUGUUACUUUAACGGAAGGUUUGUGGAAUUAUCAAAAGUGGGGAUAUCCUUUUCAUGAUGCUGGACCUGGUGCUGAAGUCACUGCUUGGUUUAAUAAAGACAUAACAAACAUAGAGGAGGAAUGGAAAGGCCUUACAAAUGCUUUGGCUGGAUUACUCUGUGCAUCUCUUAAUUUUGUUGAUACCUCCAAUAGCAUGUCGCCGGAGUUUACUUUCCGUCCUACCAGCGUUACGGAUGGACCAGUGAAUUCUAGUCAUUUAUAUUAUUCGUCAUUACCGAGAGAGAUAGUUUGUACUGAGAAUCUAACACCAUUUAAAAAAUUAUUACCUUGCGACUCCAAGAGAGGUCUAGCUACAUUGUUAAAUUCUGCGCAUAUUCAUAAUACAAAUUAUCAUUCCAUUGGAAUACAUUUUCGGUCGAUAUGUCGCGAUACAGCCUGUAUGAGAACAUCUUUAGAACUACGACAAACUGUUUCCUUGAUAUAUGAUACAAUGGUAGAUGCGAAUCAGGAUUGGUCGAUACGAAAAUUUUUUGGAAUGGGACUUAAAGGCGCAUGUCCGCUUGCAACAUUAAGUAACAUUUAUGUUGAUAUAUCAGAUAACAAUACGAAUCACAUGUAUGAAUUAACGCCAUCGCCGAGUGCAAAAGUUGUUAGUUUGCGUGGUGGACAGCAAAAUGAAAUAGCAGUAUACAACAUCAAAGCUCAUUCCAGUAAAGGAAUAUUUAAUAUCGCUGCAAUACAUAGUGCACCAAAGAAUAACGCAAUACUUUAUCCUUCAAUCCUCUACGCGAAUAGGUAUAUUAUUGGAUAUGGUCAAGAAAGAGGCAGUUUAGUGACUAAACUAUACAACAAUCACUGGCAGGCGUUAGAUAUAAUCUUAUUAGAAAAUAUUCCCUGGUACUUGUUGGUUUAUUUACAUUCCAUUACAAUAACCUGUAAUGAGCAACAAGUAUAUCCUUUGGCACAACGUUAUUUACCUGGAAGGGAGAGAAAAAAUCCAUAUUAUUUAGAAUUAAUUCUGCGCUUGCUGCCACAUUCAGUAACGAAAAUCACCAUCGACAUGGAUUAUUUAUUCCUCAAAUGGCAGGAAUAUCCGCCAGACGCUAAUCAUGGAUUUUACAUGGGACCAGCUAUAAUUACAGCCUUAUUGCCCAUAGCUAGAAAUUACACGGCUUUGCCGCUCGAUGGAAGUACAAUUACUUCAAGUUUUAACGCUUCGAGGGACAAUUAUUUAGUACAAUUACGGACAGAGUCCUUGCUUAUCAGUCUUCCGACUCCUGACUUCAGUAUGCCUUAUAAUGUCAUAUGCCUUGCCUGUACAGCUGUCGCGUUAGCAUUCGGCCCACUUCACAAUAUUUCCACGAAGCGACUAGUUUUGAAACGCAUUAAAAAGGACUGGAAAGGUAAAUUAUUCUCCUUUUUUGUAGGAAAGAUAUUCGGAGCAAAGAAAAAACAAGACUAAAAAAUUAUAAACGAACUGUAUGUAUUAUAUACACGCAAACUGUAUCUCUCUUGCGAAUA